AUGGGUAAUAGCUAAGCAGUAAUACAUGACAAUGAUCUAUAGAUAAAUAAUGAAAAUACAGAGGCAGAAUCUAUGCCUCCCAUUGAGAAUUAAACAAAAUUAGUUGAGAAAUUCGCCUAUAGUCCCCUGCUGCAUAAGACAUUAUCGCAUAGGGUGCAAUCAUACAUUGAUAAGAUAAAAGCAGAUUAUAAUACUCCUGAGCCAAUAGCAACAAUUAUUCAGGAAUUAAGACUAUUCGGACUCUGUAUAAUAGAACAAAAAGAUAAGAAAAUUAGUCUUAAUGCUCAUGUAUAAAUCCAAAGAAUUAUUGUUCAAGAUGUAGUGACUAUGAAAUUCUUCUUGAUGAUGUUUAGGUAUGCUUCUGAUAUAAGCCACAUAUUUCUAUUUGAUAUAUGCAGGAAAGACACAUUUGAUUUACUGACCUAAGCAUUUAUUGGAUUCCACAACUAUAAUGAUGGUACUUAUGAGAAAACGAAAUAGGUUCAAAUAUUGAUAAUGGGAGUUAAAGUUGAUAGGAAUGAAUAAAGAGAAGUAUCUUAUGAGUAGGCUUUGCAUUUCACAAAGACAUAUGGUUUAUCAUACAUAGAAGUUUAACCAUAGUGUGAGCACAAUCUGCUAGACAGUAUAAUACUGGAAAGUUUAGUUGCCUAUGAAACAGACCUUGCCAAUAAAUAGAGAUUAAACCUCAUGAUGCAAUAAAUAUAGCAGGAAUAAUAGAAUGAAUGA